GUUCAGUAAACUCCGCGGUGGAAUAGUGAUCGAACAAGUGCUACUCUCGAACUAGUAAAUAGUGAGAGCCAAAAGAAAGUGAGCUAAGUGAAAUAUUCGUUCGCAACGUUGUCUAGAUUUUCCUCGUAAGAGUGUACAAAUUUGCCGAUUCAAUGCUGGCUGCGACAAGACUAAUUUUUUUCCAACGUUCCUUUUUCACAAGCUCUCUUUUUUAAGGUUCUACAGAGGUGUACGGUUGCUCUAUAGACUUAAUAUUAGGCGGCGAUGUCGAGGCUCAAGGUUGCCAUAAUUGGUCAAAGUAACUUCGCAGUGGAAGUGUACAAAUCAUUGAAAAAUGAUGGUCAUUUCAUCACUGGCGUAUUUACAAUUCCUGACAAAGGAAAUCGAGAAGAUCCCCUAGCUGCCAAAGCAAAAGAGGAUGAUGUUCCGGUCUUCAAGAUCAAGGCAUGGAGAAGUAAAGGACAACCUUUGCCGGAAAUACUCGAACUUUACAAAAAAAUCGAUGUCGAUUUGAACGUUUUACCCUUUUGCACCCAAUUUAUACCCAUGGAAGUGAUAAAUCAUCCCAAACAUCGCAGUAUCGCUUAUCAUCCCUCAAUCUUGCCGAAACAUCGUGGAGCCAGUGCCAUAAGUUGGACUCUCAUUAGUGGAGACAAGGUUGCUGGAUUGUCCAUCUUUUGGGCAGAUGAUGGUUUGGACACAGGACCUAUUUUGAUACAGAAAUCUUGUCCAGUAAAUCCAAAUGAUACCCUAGAUAGUCUCUACAACAACUUUUUAUACCCAGAAGGAAUAAAAGCUGUAGCAGAAGCAGUAAAUCUCAUUUCUGAUGGAAUUGCGCCAAUGAUACCACAGACCGAGGAUGGAGCCAGUUAUGAUCCUAUGCUAAACAAACCAGAACUCCAAAGGCUAGAUUUGUCGAAAAAAUCAGCCCAGGAAGUUCACAAUUUCAUCAGAGGCUUAGACAGUGCAAUUGGAGCUUGGACCCUCAUCAAUGGUGAAGAAGUUCGUCUUUACGGUAGCACAAUUUGGGACCAAAAGUUGCCCGUAGGUGACACUAUUGAUAUAGACGGUCACAUUGGAAUCGUUCACGAAGGCGGUAUUGUUAUUAAAGUGGCGGAAAAUAACUUCGUUAAUGUACAAAGGCUAAAAAUUGGCAACAAAACGAUAAAUGCCAGCAUGUAUGGUAAAAUAUCCAAUGCUAGUGUAAAUAUUGAAUUUACCCAAGAAGAAGCGAGCAAUGUAGGAACUGUGAGGAAUAUUUGGCAGAGCAUCCUCAAAAUGGAAGUGGAUGAUGAAACUGAUUUCUUUGCCUGUGGAGCAGGAAGUAUGGAUGUUGUCAGAUUAGUAGAAGAAGUAAAAGAUUCUCUUGGUGUUUCUCUUCAGAAUACGGACGUUUUUAUGGCUCCUGUUUUCAUUGAAUUUGCAAGAGUGAUGAUUCUGAAAAGUCGUGGAGAUUCCGUCCAACUUGGUGUUCGAUACGAUGCAGUGGAACUUAGAGCCAAUAACAAGGAUCUCAAAUUCCCCCGACAGCUCUUCAUCGAUGGACAAUUUAUCAAUGGUAAAGGAAAACCUAUUGAUACAAUCAACCCACAUGAUGAGAGUCUGAUUUGCUCUGUUGAGUCGGGUUCCCCUGAAGAUGUCGAUCAUGCUGUGAUUGCCGCCAAGCGAGCUUUUGAGGAGGGGGAGUGGAGCAAGAUCAGUGCCAGGGAAAGAGGAGUUAUUCUCUUCAAACUUGCAGAUCUGAUGGAGGAGCAUAAAGAAGAAUUAGCAAGCAUCGAGAGUAUUGAUUCAGGGGCAGUUUACACAUUGGCACUCAAAACCCACGUUGGAAUGUCAAUUGAAACUUGGAGGUACUUUGCGGGUUGGUGUGACAAAAUUCAGGGAUCAACAAUCCCGAUUACUCAUGCAAGACCGAACAGAAAUCUUACAAUAACGAAAAAGGAACCGAUUGGUGUUUGUGCUUUAAUAACACCCUGGAACUAUCCUCUGAUGAUGCUUUCCUGGAAGAUGGCAGCUUGUUUGGCAGCUGGAAAUACUGUUGUCAUGAAACCAGCCCAAACUUCGCCAUUGACAGCCUUGAAAUUCGCUGAACUUUCAGUCAAAGCUGGUAUACCACAGGGAGUCAUCAACAUUGUUACUGGAAGUGGUUCAGUUACUGGAAAUGCCUUGGCUAAUCAUCCUUUGGUUCGCAAGUUGGGAUUUACUGGGUCUACUGAAAUUGGACAAGUUAUUAUGCGGUCUUGUGCAGACAGUAAUUUGAAGAAGGUAUCUUUGGAGCUAGGAGGAAAGAGUCCGUUGGUGAUUUUUGAAGAUACGGAUUUGCAACAGGCUGUUAGGGUUGCGAUGAGCAGUGUUUUCUUCAAUAAGGGAGAAAACUGCAUUGCUGCAGGUCGGAUUUUCGUGGAAGAAACGAUACAUGACGCAUUCCUAAAUAAAGUUGUUGAAGAAACGAAGAAACUGACAAUAGGAAAUCCUUUGGAUCGAGGUACGGCUCACGGUCCUCAGAACCAUAAGGCCCAUCUUGAAAAAUUAAUCGAAUUCACAAAAAAGGGUGUCGAGGAAGGAGCUCGAUUAGUUUAUGGUGGAAAAAAACUUGACUGUCCUGGUUUAUAUUUUCAACCUACAAUUUUCACUGACGUCAAAGAUGAAAUGUUCCUUGCAAGGGAGGAAUCUUUCGGUCCGAUUAUGGUAAUUUCCACGUUCAGCUCGAAGGACCUCGAUCGCAUAAUUGCCAGGGCAAAUUCUACGGAAUAUGGUCUUGCAGCUGGGGUCAUUACGAAGGAUAUUUCCCGGGCCCUUAGGUUUGCAGAAAAGGUCGAGGCCGGAACUGUUUUUGUUAAUACAUACAACAAAACAGAUGUUGCGGCUCCAUUUGGUGGAUUCAAAAAAUCUGGAUUUGGCAAAGAUUUGGGCCAGGAAGCUCUAAAUGAGUAUUUGAAAACAAAAACUAUCACGAUUGAAUACUGAUUACUUUUUUCAAAAAAGAAAAAUAUUUUAUUAAGAAAUAUUAUACAUUAUAACUCUUCGAGAGUUCGCAUUUUUCAGUAGAUUUAAGAAUUUUUCAC